GCUCAGUUAAGCCUUUGCUGCUCAAUUAAGCCUGCCCUCCUCUGCCUUCCUACAGCACCUACUGGAGGACUCCAUUACUUAUGACUUAGCAUUAGGUUUCAGCGUGGUCAAGAGAGCGAAUGUACCUGACGCGGAUGUGCUGCGCAUAAUCAUCAAGAACGUUGUUUACUUCAGUUAUCAGCAGCCUGUUCACCUGGUUCAAACUUCUGCUGAAUCACAACCAUUUGCCGCUGAGCUAUGACAAGAGUGGAAACAAAAAGUUAAACGAGCAAGCCUGCUAUACGUAAGAAGCAAACUUGCUUGAUAACAUGCUUUUGCGAAGUUCAGGAAAAUUGAAUGUGGGCACCAAGAAAGAGGAUGGUGAGAGUACAGCCCUCACCCCUCGCCCAAAGAUCUUGCGAUGUAAAUGCCACCACCAUUGUCCAGAAGACUCAGUCAACAAUAUUUGCAGCACAGAUGGAUAUUGUUUCACAAUGAUAGAAGAAGAUGAUUCUGGGAUGCCUGUGGUCACUUCUGGAUGUCUAGGAUUAGAAGGCUCAGAUUUUCAGUGUCGGGACACUCCCAUUCCUCAUCAAAGAAGAUCAAUUGAAUGCUGCACAGAACGGAAUGAAUGUAAUAAAGAUCUACACCCUACGCUGCCUCCACUAAAAAACAGAGAUUUUGUUGAUGGACCUGUACACCACAAGGCCUUACUUAUAUCUGUGACUGUCUGUAGUUUGCUCUUGGUCCUUAUCAUUUUAUUCUGUUACUUCAGGUAUAAAAGACAGGAAACCAGACCUCGGUACAGCAUUGGAUUAGAACAGGAUGAAACUUACAUUCCUCCUGGGGAAUCCCUGAGAGACUUAAUUGAGCAGUCUCAGAGCUCAGGAAGCGGAUCAGGCCUCCCUCUGCUGGUCCAGAGGACUAUAGCUAAGCAGAUUCAGAUGGUGAAACAGAUUGGAAAAGGGCGCUAUGGGGAAGUUUGGAUGGGAAAGUGGCGUGGCGAAAAGGUAGCUGUGAAAGUGUUCUUCACCACAGAGGAAGCCAGCUGGUUCCGAGAGACAGAAAUAUAUCAGACAGUGUUGAUGAGGCAUGAAAACAUUUUGGGGUUCAUUGCUGCAGAUAUCAAAGGGACGGGGUCCUGGACCCAGUUGUACCUAAUCACAGAUUAUCAUGAAAACGGUUCCCUCUAUGAUUACCUGAAGUCCACCACCCUAGAUGCUAAAUCGACGCUGAAGUUAGCCUAUUCUUCUGUCAGUGGCCUAUGUCACUUACACACUGAAAUCUUCAGUACUCAAGGCAAACCAGCAAUUGCCCAUCGAGAUCUGAAAAGUAAGAACAUCCUGGUGAAGAAAAAUGGAACUUGCUGUAUAGCCGAUCUGGGCUUGGCUGUUAAAUUUAUUAGUGAUACGAACGAAGUUGACAUACCACCCAACACUCGAGUUGGCACCAAACGCUAUAUGCCUCCAGAAGUGUUGGACGAGAGCUUGAAUAGAAAUCACUUUCAGUCUUACAUCAUGGCGGACAUGUACAGUUUUGGACUCAUCCUUUGGGAGGUUGCUAGGAGAUGUGUAUCAGGAGGUAUAGUGGAAGAAUAUCAGCUUCCCUAUCAUGAUCUAGUGCCCAGCGACCCCUCUUAUGAGGACAUGAGAGAGAUCGUGUGUAUCAAGAAGCUGCGUCCCUCCUUCCCCAACCGGUGGAGCAGUGACGAGUGUCUAAGGCAGAUGGGGAAACUCAUGACAGAAUGCUGGGCUCACAAUCCUGCUUCAAGGCUGACAGCCCUGCGGGUUAAGAAAACACUUGCCAAAAUGUCAGAGUCCCAGGACAUUAAACUCUGAAUUGAGGGCAAAAAAUAAGCAUCUCUGGAGAAAGCCAGUAGAUACUCUUCUGUUUGUGGGCAGAGCAAAAGAUGUUCCAGAAGCAUCCACAGUACAAGCCGUGAACAUCGUCCUGCUUCCCAGUAAGUCUAGCCUCACCUCUCAGGGAGCAGCUUGGACAAAGAGAAGUUCCCAGAAACACGGAUUCAUCGUGUCUGUUUGUAGGAGGGAGAAACUGCUUGGGUAACUUGUUCAAGAUAUGGUGCAUGUUGCUUUCUAAGAAAGCCCUGUAUUUUGGGAUUGCCUUUUUUUUUUUCAAAAGAUGCUUUAAUUUUGCCAAAAUAAAACAAAUAAUGUAGAUGUUUUAAGGAUUAUACUAUUAUAGUUUAAAUAAUAACAGCAAAGUUCUUCCCAGAAACUCUCCUGGAAGGUAAAUUAAAAUACGUGUUUCCAUUGGUAAAAUUUUGUUGCACUCUACCAACCAACAGUCGGUGAAGUUGGAGAACAGAAUGGAACUCAUCUUCAGAGCCCCUGCGCCCCGCGCCUCUUCAGACCACUCAGGCCAGGCCUGCACCGGGGCGGCCGCAGCAAUGUGAAUGCACCCGGGUACAAGCACCACCUGUCUGGGACCACGUUUGGGGAUUCCUACAGGUGACCUUUUGCAGCUUUAUAGGAUAAUGGAACAAAUGAAGGUUUUAUGUGACUGUUAGAAGUAAAUGUUGACACUAUUCUUCA